AUGGCCCCCUCCGGCGCCCGGCGCCCCUCCUCCUCGCACAACAACCACAACUACACGAACGGCUCCUCCCCCGAAGACGACCGCCCCCCGCCGUACAACCCAGACCUGGUCUCCUCUUCCCUCCUCGAGCCCCGCAUCGCCGUUGUCCUCAAUGUCCCGAAGCCCUGGCGCCCAUGGCUCUUCGCAUGCCGCCUCCUGUCCAUCGGCCCCGCCAUCUACUGGGCGCUCUCGCCCACAUUGACGCUGCUGGUGCAGAUAAUACCUGUCGCCGUACCGGGCGGUAAAAAGGCCGCCGCCAACCUCGCCUCCACGGGCCUGGCAAAUGCCGCGGCCACGGGACUUAGUAGCGCCCUCUCGGGGGGAACCGGCGCCGUUGCUGCUGGUGCUGCUGCCGCCGCAUGUCCGCCGAGCAAUUGGCCUCCCGGACACCCUGAAAUCCCGUUCCCUUGGACUGAAAUGUCUCUGGGACUGAUGUGGUGUGGUGCUUCGGCCUAUCUUGCAUUCUUCUUCAUCGACUGCUUAAUGUCACGCUGGCUCAUAAACUAUACCCCGCAAGCCACAAUCAUCCGCCUCCUAACAAUGAACGUCACAAACGCAUUCCUCACGGAACGAUUCCUCACAUUCUCCGGCGGCUUCGAGGAUCCCAGGUUAUUACUCCCCGGAUGGGUCACAAUCGCAACGACCCUAACGAUAGCAUACCACAUAACUCAACGAAGCAUAAACAUUGAAAAAGAAACCUCGACCUCAAUCAAUAUCUUCUCUAUAGCAAGCUUCAUCAGCAUGGUCUCGCUACUAGCCCACCUCCACUACAACGGCUCCGACUACCCGGAGAAACCAUUCGAGUCGCUCGCUCGACUCCUCCUUGAACUAGCCCAGCGCGUGACGGGCGACGCCAUCCUGUUCGCGCCUCUCAACUCGACUUCGUCGACGUCGCAUACCGAGCUGUGA